GUGGGGCCAAUUGAUCAUCUUUAUAUUAACGGUAAACAUGUUUAGUGUGCGAACAAUAACGAUAGAACCAUUAGUGCUCGUGUACUUUAUGACCGCUAUUUUGUCGUCAAAUCUGGCCACUAAUUUGCUUCUUUACAAAGCGUGCGUGCCAAACACAGUCGACGGCGAAGAAUGGCGGCCAGCGGCGGGCGAAAAGUGUCCGGACGAGGCGAAAGCACAACACGUUAUCAGUGAAAUCAACGCUUGGAAAUACUUGGUUUUGUACACGGUACCGGCGGUGGUUACGUUUUUCGCAGGCCCGUGGAGCGACAGGCACGGAUGUCGUCGUCGGCCGUUGAUUUUCAUUGCGGUCGUCGGCCAGAUCGGCACCGAUCUGCUGAACGCCUACUGUUCGUGGAACUGGACACUGUCGCCCAACGUCACCGCUGUCCUUCAGGUACCCGCCUUGCUGGUGACCGGCAGCACCACUCUCAUGUACAUGGGGGUGUUCACGCAAGUGGUCGACGGCACCGACGUGCACACUAGAACCUUCCGGUUCGGCAUCGUCGUGUUCAUGUUGACGAUCGGUUCCACCGCGGGACAGCUGAUUUUCGGGUUCAUCGUACCCGCUAUCGGAUUCUUAAAGUCAUUUCUCGUGUGCGCCGCUAUGGGUGCGACUGCUCUUGGUCUGGGCGUUUGCCUCAUACCGGACUUGUCCACCGACUAUACCAAAGUCGGAUUUUGGCAAGACGUCGGCCAAACAAUCAGUCCGAAUAUCGUUGCCGACUGUUUUAGAACUGUGAAUCGAAAGAGAAAAUACAAUAAAAAAAUAGUGUUGCUAAUAACUAUACUGAUUGCUGCGCCACUGACUAGUGGUGUAUUUGACGGUGAACUUUCACUGAUGUAUAUGUUUGUAAGACAAAAAUUCAACUGGGAUGAGUCAAACUUCAGUAUAUAUAUUGGAUGCACGAUGAGCGUUAUGAUGACAGGAACCAUACUAACCUUGUGGAUUAUGAGUAAAUUGCUUGAGAUUAACGAUUCAAUGAUUGGUCUUAUUGCUUCCGUAUUUGAUGUAGCUACUGCUGUAUCAUUUCUAAUAGCUUCACAAAGUUGGCAUCUAUAUUUAAUACCACCUUUACAACUAUUUCGUGGCGCAGCACUUUCAAUAACUGGUUCAAUAACUUCAAAAUGUGUCAAAGCACACGAACUUGGUGCCGUUAAUUCAGCGAGACUUGUAAUGGAGUGUUCUUUGAAAGCCAUUAUUACUACAAUGUAUAAUAUCGUAUAUAGCAGGACUUUGGAAACAAUGCCCAGUGCUUUUUUUAUCAUUAGUAUAGUGUUGACAAUACCGUUACUUGGCUGUUUUGCCACAACUUACUAUUUGUCAAGGGACCGAGUGAAGUCAACUGAGUGUCAACCAAAAUUACAAAAUGAACUUUAGAUAUAAAUUACUACAGAAGUAUAGUACCAUCAACGAUCGAUUCCUGCGAAUUAUGAUUUAGUAUGUUCUGAUUGCCGAUCUGGCUCAAAUGUGUAUGGUAUUUAAAUGUUGAAAUAAUAAAUAACUUAAAUAUGCUGUAAACGUUUUAACUUUA